GAUGGCGGCGGUGAUGGCGGCGCCCGAGGCUGUGGAAGCGCCGAGUUCGCUGCUGCUGCUGGUAGUGGGCGAGUGCGGCUGUCCAGGGCUGCUGGCCUACGUCCUGAAGGAGUUGGAACGAGGUGUUCGCUCGUGGGAUGAUGUGGACCCUGCCGUGUGCAGCCUGGAUGAGCAGCUCAAGGCCUUUGUGUCCCGGCACUCGGCCACUUUCUCCAGCAUUGUGAAAGGCCAGCGGAGCCUGCACCACCGAGGAGAGACCCUGGAGACGCUGGUCCUGCUCAACCCCUCUGACAGGUCCCUGUGCGAUGAGCUCCGGAACCUCCUGAUGGACCCCGCCCCUCACAAACUGCUGGUGCUGGCAGGGCCCUGCCUGGAGGAGACUGGGGAGCUGCUGCUGCAGACUGGGGGGUUCUCGGCCCAUCACUUCCUACAGGUGCUGGGGGACAAAGAGGUUCAGGACGCGCUGGCCUUGGCGUCCGCUGCCCCAGGGGUCCUCACCAUGUCCUGCCCGACCUUCGGGGACUGGGCACUGCUGGGCCCCGCGCCCGGGCUGCGGCUGCGGCUGAACCCGCCCGCACGGCUGCCAGCCUCCGAGGGCCUGCGCGCCUUCCUGGAGUACGUGGCUGAGUCCCUGGAGCCACCGUCGCCCUUUGAGCUGCUGGAGCCGCCGGCCUCAGGCGGCUUCCUGCGCCUGGCGCGGCCCUGCUGCUAUGUGUUCCCGGGCGGCCUGGGUGACGCCGCCUUCUUCGCCGUCAAUGGCUUUACGGUGCUGGUGAACGGCGGCUCCAACCCCAAGUCGAGCUUCUGGAAGUUGGUGCGCCACCUGGACCGCGUAGACGCCGUGCUGGUGACCCACGCGGGCGCCGACAGCCUACCCGGCCUCAACAGCCUGCUGCGCCGCAAGCUGGCGGAGCGCGAGGCGGCGUCGGGGUCGCAGGGACAGCAUGAGGAGCGGCUGCGUCGCCUGCUGUCGCCAGCGCUGGGCGUGGUGUUCCUGAACGCACGUGAGGCGGGGUCUCGGCUACGUGGGGGCGAGGACGAGGCUGUGUGCGCGCGGGGCCUGCUGAGGAGCCUGGGCAUCACGCCGCUGCCCCUGCAGCGCGGCCCGCAGCCUGCACGCCCCACCGUCCUCUUUGAGAAGCUGGGCGUGGGCCGCCUAGAGCUCUUUGUGUUGCACCCGCCGCCAGGAGAUCCCGCGGCGCCCGCCUGUGCCCUGCUCGUGUGGCAGCCGGCAUCCCCUGGAGACAAAGUGGUGCGCGUGCUGUUCCCCGGCCGCACUCCGCCAGCGCGCCUGCUGGACGGGCUGCAGCGGCUGCAGCACCUGCCGUGCCUGCGCCGCCCAGUGGUCACUGCGCGGGAUCUGGAUGCCCCCGCGCGGGCCGACAGCCAGGACAGCUUGGCAUCGCGGGAAAGCACUCGCAAGGAGCCAGCCCGCAGCGCUGUAGGCUGCGCCACUAGCAGGAGUGCAGUGCGAAGGGAGCCCGCCCUGGGCACGCGAGACGCCAAGAAGGAGACGAGACCCGGGCCCGCGCGGCCUGCCGUCCGCGACACGCGCCGCUCUGGGCCUGCUGUCACCAACACGAAGCCCCGCACCUCACAGAACGGACCUCGUGCCCCGGUUUCCACAGGGCUACCCACAGCCCUUGUGCCCGAGUGCCCUGGAGAAGUGGGAAACAGCAUGGAGCCUGAACGGCCACCUGCCCCGUCCCUGACCCUGUCCACAGCUCCGUCCCCGCUGCCUACCGCCCCUGGCAGUAGCCCUGAGCGCCUGUCUCUCAGCCCGCUGCACCCGGAGCCGGCACCUGAUGCAUCGCCCUCAGCUACCACGCCCACUGCUACAACGCCUACGCUGACCACGCCCUCUCUGCCCGCGGAGCUGGGCUCACCCCACUCUACCGAGGUGGAUGAGUCGCUCUCUGUGUCCUUUGAGCAGGUGCUGCCUGCAGGCGACGCGGGGCUCAGCCUUCCCUUGCGCCUAGCACGGCGCUCCGCCUCCCCGCACGAUGUGGACCUGUGCCUCGUGUCUCCCUGUGAGUUCGAGCACCGCAAGCCACUCCCUCCUGCUUCCCCCGGCAGCUCGGACAGCAGUGCGCGUUCUCAGGAGCGGCCACCCGAGACGCCACCCACGUCGGUGAGCGAGUCCCUGCCUACACUCUCUGACUCUGACCCUGUGCCAGUCGCAGACUCCGACGACGACGCAGGCAGUGAGAGCGUGGCCAGGGACCCGCUGCCCACACCUCGUGUGCCACCACCACUGCCUGACGCGCCUGGCAUCUGCAUGGUGGACCCCGAGGCGCUGCCACCCCGUGCCCGGCAGCCUCCCAACACCUCCAAUUCCAGCCGUGGCCGCAAGGCCCCAGCAAGGCCGAGCUCUGCCUCUGCCGCCCCCAGAGCUACAGUCGUGGCUGCCAAGACCAAGGGCCCUGCAGGGGACCGGGCCCGGCCGCAGAGCGCCCGCAGUGAACCCGCGGACAAGCCAGGACGUGUGCCCCUCACCAGGAAGCCCUCAGUCCCCAAGACCAUUCCCAAGACGACCUCUACCACGAGGAUCUCCGGGCCCGGUUCCCGCCCUGCACCACUUGUUGCUGGCUCUCCUGUCUACCUGGACCUGGCCUACCUGCCUGGUGGUGGUGCAGGCCACCUGGACCAGGACUUCUUUCUGCGGGUGCGUGCACUCUGCUACGUCAUCAGUGGGCAAGGCCAGCGCCAGGAGGAGGGCCUGCGUGCCUUGCUGGAUGCGCUGUUGGCUGGCAAACAGCAGUGGGACCUCGACCUGCAGGUCACACUGAUCCCCACCUUCGACUCUGCGGUGAUGCACAGGUGGUAUGAAGAGACGCAUGAGCAGCACCAGGCGCUGGGCAUCAGGGUGCUGGGCAGUGGCAGCAUGGUGUCCAUGCAGGACGAGGCCUUUCCCGCCUGCAAGGUGGAGUUCUAGCCCCGAGCCGCAGCAGGUCCUCACUGUCCUGGUUAGGGCUCUGCUCCUUGUGGAAGCCAGAUGCUGUGCUUGAACAAGCCACUGUGUGACACCCCAGCUCCCAUCCCCAGCACUGUGGAAAAGAAGAGUGCACUUGCUAAUGCCCCAUCACAUGGCAGACACAGCUAUCUCGUUCUUCAUCCAAGCACUCAGAUUGCAAAGGCAGAAGGAUGCUUGCGGGUUCCAGGCUAGCCCAGGCCUGCACAGUGAAUCCUUGUUUCAAAAAUGACAAAAAUCAAAGCAGGCAGGUGGGGUUUUGUCUUAGGGUUCUGUCUUAGGGUUUCUGUUGUGUGAAGGCCAUGGCCAUGAACAGCUUGAGAAAGGGUUAGUUUAGGGCAGGAGUGCAGGCGGAGCUGGUGCAGAGGCCCUGUCAGUAAUUUUUUUUAUAUUCCCAGGCCACUUUGCUGGAGCCAUUUUCUUAAUUCAUGUUUCCUCUUCCCAAAUGACUUUAGCCACCACACUUGGGGAGAAUUUAGUAAGGAAUGAAGGCUGGGGUACACUGGACAGUUUCAUGUCCAGUUGAGACAAGUUAAUGUCAUCUGAGAGGAGGGAACCUCAGUGGGAAAAUGCCUCCAUACGAUCAGGGAUCAGGCUGUAGACAGGCCUGUGAGGCAAUUUUUCUUUUUCUUUUUCUUUUCUUUUUUUGUUUUUGUUUUUUAUUUGGGACAGGGUUUCUCUGUGUAGCCCUGGCUGUCCUGGACUUACUUUGUAGACCAGGCUGUGCUCGAACUCACAGAAAUUUGCCUGCCUCAGCCCUCAGCCUCCCAGAGUGCUGGGAUUACAGGUGUGCACCACCACGCCCAGCUUCUGCAAUUUCUUAAUUAGUGAUUGAUUGGGUAGAGCCCAGCCCCUGGUGGGUCCUGGGCUGAUGGUCCUGGUUCUGUAAGAAAGCAGGCAGAGCAAGCCAUGAGGAGCAAGCCAGUAAGUAGUACCCUCCAUGGCCUCUGAAUUAGCUUCUGCCUCCAGGUUCUUGCCCUGCUUGAGUUCCUGUCUGACUUCCUUCACUGCUGAACAGUGAUGUGGAAGUGUAAGAGUGUAAGCCGAAUAAACCCUUUCCUCCCCAA